UCGUUCUCUGCACACCUGAUUUGUAGAUCAGAGCUCAGACAAGUUUCAUCUUGAGGAAUUAAAACUGUCUCAGUCUCAGUUAUCGAGAGGAGAAAUGGCGCAGAAAGGAGAUCAGCUGGACCAGGAAACCUUUUCUUGUUCCAUCUGUUUGGAGGUUUUAAAGGAUCCGGUGACUAUUCCCUGUGGACACAGUUACUGUAUGAACUGUAUUAAAACCUACUGGGAUGAAGGAGAGAAGAAACUCCCCGGCUGUCCUCAGUGUAGAGAGACAUUUAUCCCAAGGCCUGCGCUGGUGAAAAACACCAUGUUAGCAGCUUUAGUGGAGCAGCUGAAGAAGACUGGACUCCAAGCUGCUCCUGCUGAUCACUGCUAUGCUGGACCUGAAGAUGUGGCCUGUGACGUCUGCUCUGGGAGGAAACUGAAAGCUGUCAAGUCCUGUUUGGUCUGUCUGGCCUCUUACUGCCAGAAACACCUCCAACCUCACCGUGAUGCGGCUCCACUAAAGAAACACCAGCUGGUGGAUCCCUCCAAGAACCUGCAGGACAACAUCUGCCCCCGUCACGGUGAGGUGAGGAAGAUGUUCUGUCGUACUGAUCAGAAGUGUAUCUGUUAUCUCUGCUCUGUGGAUGAACAUAAAGGCCACGACACGGUUUCAGCUGCAGCAGAAAGGACGGAGAGGCAGAAAGAGAUGGAGGUGAGUCGACAACAAAUCCAGCAGCAGAUCCAGGACAGAGAGGAAGAUGUGAAGCUGCUUCAGCAGGAGGUGGAGGCCGUCAAUCAGUCUGCUGAUAAUACCGUGGAGGACAGUGAGGAGAUCUUCACUGAGCUGAUCUCUCUCCUCCAGAAGAGAAGCUCUGAGGUGAAGCAGCAGAUCAGAUCCCAGCAGGAAACUGAAGUGAGGAGAAUCCGAGAGCUGGAGGAGAAGCUGCAGCAGGAGAUCAGUGACCUGAAGAGGAGAGACGCUGAGAUGAAGCAGCUCUCAGACACCGAGGACCACAACCAGUUCCUCCACAACUGGCCCUCACUGCCACCACUCAGUCAGUCCACACACUCCUCCAGCAUCAGCAUCCGUGAUGUGGCAGCAGCUAUGUCAGAGGUCAGAGGUCGACUACAGGACAUCCUGGGAGACACGUGGACAAACGUCUCACUGGCCUUCACUGAGGUGGAUGUUUUACUGUCACAACCAGAACCAGAACCAGAACCAGAACCAGAACCAGAACCAGAACCAACGAACAGAGCCGGAUUCUUGAAGUAUUCAUGUGAAAUCACUCUGGAUCCAAACACAGUAAACACACGGCUGUUACUGUCAGAGCAGAACAGAAAGGUGACGGUUAUGAACAAAAAUAAGUCUUAUCCUGAUCAUCCAGACAGAUUCACUGGUUAUUUUCAGGUCCUGAGUAGAGAGAGUCUGACUGGACGUCGUUACUGGGAGGUGGAGACAGCAGGUGGAGUUAGUGUAGCAGUUUCAUACAAGAAUAUCAGCAGAUCAGGGAAUGAAAGUUUAUUUGGAUAUAAUGACAAAUCUUGGUCACUAUAUUGUUCCUCAGACAGUUAUAUGUUCAGGUACAACAACAUCCAAACCUCCAUCCCAGGUCCUCUGAGCUCCAGAAUAGGAGUUUACUUGGAUCACAGAGCAGGAGUUCUGUCCUUGUACAGCGUCUCUGGAACCAUGACCCUCCUCCACAGAGUCCAGACCUCCUUCACUCGGCCGCUCCACGCUGGAGUCAGGAUUAACUAUAGUGGAGACUCAGCUGAGUUAUGUAAACUCAAAUAG